UGUCACACGUGCACUGAAAUGGGAAGAGGAAAGUUCAAGGGCAAGCCCACUGGCUGUCGCCAGUUCUCUACUCUUGAGCAGAUGAUGGCGGGUAACUCUGCUUCUCGUCCUCGUACAUUUAAGAAGGAAGAAGCUGAGCUAGAAGAAGAGGAGAGAUCUGAAGAAAAAUUAGAAGAGGAGUCUGAGGAUGAAGCUGGAGCUGGAGCUGGAGCUGGAGCUGAAAAGCAAAAAGGCACUCUAGGUAUUAUUCAGGUUGACAAUCCUAAUUUGGCAAAGCCAGAGAAUGUGAAAGCACGAGAUAUCGAUAUGGAGAAAACAAUUGAGCUUUCUAGGCGUGAAAGAGAGGAGAUUGAAAGACAAAAAGCUUGCGAAAGGUACAUGAGGCUACAAGAACAAGGAAAGACAGAACAGAUUAGGAAAGUUUUAGAGCGUUUGGCCCUUAUACGAUAACAGAGAGCAGAAGUA